CGCGUUCACGCUGAGACCAGGAACCGUCAGUCAGCGGGUACCGGCCACCGGAGCUUCAUCUUCCCGGUAGGUCCCCCUUGACUAGAACACCAUGGCUUUCAGCAAAGGAUACCGGAUCUUUCACAAGCUGGAUCCUCCUCCAUUCAGUUUAAUUGUGGAGGCAAGAAACAAGGAGGAAUGUCUUAUGUUUGAGUCCGGUGCUGUGGCUGUUCUGUCCUCUGCGGAAAAGGAAGCCAUUAAGAGCAUGUACAGUAAAGUUAUGGACGCAUACGGCCUUCUGGGUGUACUUCGACUUAAUCUUGGGGAGGCCAUGUCACAUUAUCUAGUAGUAGUAACUGGGUGCAUGUCAGUUGGAAAGAUUCAGGAAUCGGAAGUGUUCCGUGUGACCUCCACAGAGUUCAUCUCCUUGAGAGCAGACCCAGAUGAGGACCGUAUGUCGGAAGUGCGGAAGGUUUUAAACUCGGGCAGUUUCUAUUUUGCUUGGUCUUCAACUGGAGUCAGUUUAGAUCUUAGCCUCAACGCUCAUCGCAGCACUCAGGAUCAACGGACCGACAACAGGUUCUUUUGGAAUCAGUCUCUGCAUUUGCACCUGAAGCAUUACGGUGUGAACUGUGACGACUGGCUACUGCGCCUUAUGUGUGGUGGAGUGGAGAUUCGCACUAUUUACGCAGCUCACAAGCAGGCCAAAGCAUGCAUUAUUUCCCGUCUGAGCUGUGAAAGAGCUGGGACCAGGUUCAACGUACGCGGAACUAACGAUAAUGGCCAGGUUGCCAAUUUCGUGGAAACUGAACAGGUGAUCUACCUCGACGACUGCGUGUCUUCUUUUAUACAGAUUCGAGGAUCUGUUCCUCUGUUCUGGGAGCAACCUGGAUUACAGGUUGGAUCUCACCGUGUAAGAAUGUCCCGUGGAUUUGAGGCCAACGCACCUGCUUUUGAUCGGCACUUCCAAACCCUGAAACGACUGUAUGGGAGACAAGUAAUAGUGAACUUAUUGGGGUCCAAGGAAGGAGAAGCCAUGCUGAGCAGAGCGUUUCAGAGCCACCUAAAAGCAUCUGAGCAUGUUGCAGAUAUUCUGAUGGUAAAUUUCGACUAUCAUCAAAUGGUCCGAGGGGGUAAAGCUGAAAAACUCCACAGUGUCCUUAAGCCUAAAUUCAAUGUGUUCUUGGAAGAUUGUGGAUGUUUUUAUCUUGAUAAGAAUGGAGUUCACAGAACACAAAGUGGCAGCAUCAGAACCAACUGCCUGGAUUGUCUGGACAGAACCAACAGUGUUCAGGCUUUCCUUGGGCUAGAGAUGUUAAUAAAGCAGCUAGAAGAUCUUGGUUUGGCUGAAAAACAACAACUUGUGACCCGCUUCCAGGAAGUGUUUCGCUCCAUGUGGUCCACAAACGGCGACUCCAUAAGUAAAAUUUAUGCUGGCACCGGAGCUCUCGAAGGCAAGGCUAAGGCUGGAAAGUUAAAGGAUGGUGCAAGGUCAGUAACCAGAACAAUCCAGAGCAACUUUUUUGAUGGCUCCAAACAAGAAGCAAUAGAUGUUCUGCUUUUGGGGAAUACCCUGAACAGUGAUUUAGCAGAUAAAGCCAGGGCCUUGCUAACCACUGGAAGCUUACAUGUCUCUGAACUCAUGUUACAAUCAGCUUCUCCCAGAGUCCUACGGAGCAUGUGUGAAAAUUAUUACAGAUAUUCGAAACCCAGAAAAAUCCGAAUCUGUGUUGGGACCUGGAAUGUCAAUGGUGGGAAGCAGUUCCGAAGUAUAGCGUUCAAGAAUCAAACUCUAACAGAUUGGCUGUUGGAUGCUCCAAAGAUUGCAGGGAUUCCGGAGUUUCAGGAUAGACGAAGCAAACCAAUUGAUAUCUUUGCUAUAGGAUUUGAAGAGAUGGUUGAGUUAAAUGCAGGAAACAUCGUGAAUGCUAGCACAACCAAUCAAAAGCUUUGGGCUGUAGAACUUCAAAAAACUAUUUCUAGGGACAAUAAGUAUGUUCUUUUGGCCUCUGAACAGCUUGUUGGUGUCUGCCUAUUCAUCUUCAUUAGACCUCAGCAUGCUCCUUUCGUUAGGGAUGUUGCAGUUGAUACGGUGAAGACUGGAAUGGGAGGAGCUACAGGAAACAAAGGCGCCGUAGCAAUUCGCAUGCUAUUCCACACAACCAGCCUGUGCUUUGUCUGCAGUCACUUUGCCGCAGGGCAGUCUCAAGUCAAAGAGAGAAAUGAAGAUUAUAUGGAAAUAGCCCGUAAACUUAGUUUUCCAAUGGGAAGACUGCUGUUUUCUCACGAUUACGUGUUUUGGUGCGGAGACUUUAACUAUCGCAUUGAUCUACCAAAUGAAGAAGUUAAAGAACUGAUCCGGAGCCAGAACUGGGAUUCUCUGAAUUUAGGAGACCAGCUGAUUAAUCAGAAGAACAACGGACAGGUUUUUCGGGGGUUUAUAGAAGGAAAAGUUAAUUUUGCGCCAACGUAUAAAUACGACUUAUUCUCAGAUGACUAUGACACAAGUGAGAAGUGUCGUACACCAGCGUGGACAGAUCGCGUUCUCUGGAGGAGAAGAAAAUGGCCGUUUGACAAGUCAGCUGAAGAUUUAGAUCUCCUGAAUUCAAGCCUACAAGAAGGGAAUAACGUUCCAUACACAUGGAAUCCAGGCACAUUGCUGCACUAUGGCAGAGCCGAGCUCAAAACUUCAGAUCACCGGCCUGUUGUUGCCCUCAUCGAAAUUGAUAUAUUUGAAACUGAAGCAGACGAGAGGCAAAAGAUCUAUAAGGAGGUGUUUGCGUCCCAGGGGCCCCCUGAUGGCACAAUAAUGGUCUCCCUCCAGAGCAGCACCCCAGAAGAUAAUUAUUUUGAUGACAGUUUAAUUGAUGAGCUGCUCAGUCAGUUUUCAGGCUACGGAGAAGUUAUACUUAUCAGGUUUGUGGAUGACAAAAUGUGGGUUACAUUUCUGGAAGGAAGUUCUGCUUUAUCUGUUUUGGACUUGAAUGGCACGGAGGUAUUGGGAAGACCGAUCGGCAUUCAGUUAAAGAAUCCAGACUGGAUCCUGCAUUUAGAGGAAGAGAUCAAACUGGAAAAGAUCAGCCUGUCAAUGCCGUGUUCCACAAGUUCCACACUGCUCGCCGAAGACGUAGACAUCUCGGGAGAUUUUGACAUGGAAGGAGAUGUUGACGAUUAUUGUGCUGAAGUAGAGGAAAUUCUGCCUCAACAUUUACAACCUUCUUCAAGCUCUACACUUGGAUCUUCUCCCAGCUCGUCCCCUCGCUCAAGCCCCUGCCCGUCACCCACAAUGCCGGAAGGACCACCCCCAUCUCUUCCUGUACGCCCAAGUCGCGCUCCUUCUUCAAAACAACCAGGACCUGUGGCUACAUGUCAAGAUUUCCAGCCAAUAACUCAACAGAAAGAACCUUUGACUCUCGAACCAAAACGUCCACCACCUCCACGACCUGGUGUUCCACCAGCACGUCCAGCGCCUCCUCAGCGCCCACCCCCGCCAUCAGGGGCUAGGAGUCCAGCGCCCGCUAGGAAAGAAGCUGGAGGUGCAGGGCCUCCUCCAAGCCCGGGGGUAGCUCGGAGAGAUGUUGAAGCCCGUGCAUCGCUUCACCCACAGAUGGAAGGAACGGCCCCAGCCUUGGGAGCUUCGGUUAGACCGACGAUUCCUCCACGUGCUGGAGUUAUUAGUGUUCCACAAAGCCAUAAUCGUACAACACCGGCCCGACCGAUCCCAGAAACAUCAGUUAAACCGGCAGAAUCUGCCAAAGGACUUUCUUUUCUUCCCGAACCUUUGAAACCCCAUCCUGCAGUUCCACUUCUACCCAGUCCAACUACCCAGCCCCCCUGCCAAAGGCUGCCAGAACCUCUAUUGCCUACAGCAAUGCAACCCAUUUCCUCAACUCCGUCGAUGCAGACCCUAGACCAACCUCCACAGCCACCACCACGCAGCCGCUCAGCUCAGAACUUACCUUCAGAGCAAGUGGGCCCCCAGCCGCAUCCCUCAAACGGAGUUAGUGGCUUUAAAAGCAAGUUUGACAAUGUUCCUAUUGUGGACUUUUCAUUUGAUCAGCUUUCCAUUUCAAACCUCCGGGCACCAGCUCACGUAAUCCCAGGUCCAACAUCAAGCCAAAAAGAGUCAAUUCCGUUGCCUUCCACAGUACAGAAUAAUGUGAACAUCUUAAGCAGCAUUACUCUCGCUCCUCCGUUACCUCCUAUCCCAGCCCGUAGUGGAUCUCAAGACAGUUUGCGGAUAUCACCUAACCCGUUCGUCAACAAGUCAAAUACCUGCCCUCCCAACCCAUUCACUGAACAGGCAAGAAAUCCUUUCAAGGUCUCCGAAUUACCCGUGACUGCUCCAUCAUCUUUCCAGACAAAUAUGUUGGAUCAGUUUAAUGCACACAGUCAGCCAGAACUGCAGCAAGACACAGUGAAAUUUACUCUAGGCCCAGUGGAAAAAAGUCACUCGCUACCAAUAAAACUUUCCACCAUGCAAGAUCCCAGUAUGAAAGGUUGGGUCACAUUUGACGAAGACCACUUUGCUAAUAAACUCAACAAGUAUGACUCUGUAGCCCUUGGCAAUGGCAAUUUAACAACCAACUUCCAGAAUUCGGAAUUUGAUAGCAACUCGAAUUCAGUACAAGCUGGCCACUCUCUUACCUUGCCAAUCAGAAAACCACCUGCCCCACCACCUGUACCAUCACGGGCAAAGUUUGGAAACCCUUCCUCCAACUUGUCUACCAAGUCUUCGUCCACCCUAGAUUAUACUGAUCGGUAAUGUCCACGUGGUAGACCUUUGAGUUUCUGUUUUUGUGCAAUAAUCUUGAAUCCAUGGUGAAAUAUAUAACUUCUUUGUGAAAACUUGGCUGUAACCACUACUGAAUGUAUCCACAAAGUACUAUUUGUGUCUGUGUAGAUGGGUAUUGCAUUUCAAA